AUGCUAAUUUCUCCGGCCCUGAGUUUUUUUAUCAUAACUAGUCUUAGUGAAGACCAUCGUUAUACAAUAGACUCAAACUGCUUCUCUGUGAUCAUUAUUCCAAACGUAAAUCAUUACAUUUCUAACGACGAUAGUAUCCAGAAUACGAGCAACGUUGAUAUGAGCAGUGAAAAUAAUCAUUUGUCAACAAAUGAUACAACUCCUGUACCGCGAGCUGUGACAACAUGGGCUCCAGUUUGGGCAAUAUGCUUCGUUCUAGCGAUUCUAACCAUUAUUGCUGGAGUGGUCAUAGCAUCGCUCGUACCUGUUUACCUACAAACAAAAGAUGGGGGUAUUACUGAAGCAAGUAGUGACAGCGCUUCACGUAACAUCCCUAUGCAAUUUGCUAUUAAUCCACCUUUGAGUGCAAGCCAAACACCGACUAAUCUAGCUGAAAUUGGACAACAGAUCAGCCAAAGUCUCGGUUAUCCUGCAGACACAUUAAGUGUUCGAUCAAGCUCUGUCAGUGGUGGUGCUGAUGAAAAAAGAAAAAAGCGACAAACUAUCACUGUGUCACCAGUAUGUGGAGCAAAUAACAGUUUGAGUUUGUCCAUAUAUGUUAAUAAGUGUCCAAAUACAGCAUGCAACACGGAAUCUUGCUUUCAAAAAUGUGUUGUGAAUAUAAAGAUCAAAAUACAGUUAAAAUUGGGCACAACUGCACUUAAGCUUACCAUUAUCACAGCAAACAAGACAACUACAACUAUUUUGGCACUGUUUUGUUCAUUUGUACUACCUGCAGCAACAUCAACAAGAGCAACAACUACUGCAGCAGCGGCUGUGCUUGGUUGUAACGAUUGCUACACUGCUGUUAUCACUUACUAUAACGGGAGUGGUAUGUUUGGUGAUAUUGUUGGUACUAACAUUAAUUGUGCUACUUUUUGUGCUGGUACUUUUGGUAAUAGUAGUAGCCUUGUUGGUACUGACUUCGCUUUUGGUAAUGUUGAUUUUACUCGUUCUGCCGCCGCUGCUAUUAAAUAUAGUCAUGCUAGUGGUUAUACAUGCCGUGUCAGUACCGCUAAGCCCAGUGGUACUUGUGUUACUUCUUAUGGUGAUCCAAAUUCUCAAGAUGGUGAAUUUACUAUUAGUGUAUAUGGUGGUGCCCUCGUUAACUGCAAGACUGCUAGUAGUCCUUAUUAUUAUUGUUGUUGUCAAGAAAAGCCAGCAGUAGUAGUACCAACAACAACUACUACUACUACUCAAGCUCCAGCUGAUUGUAACAAUUGCAAAUUUACUGUUCCUACUUACUAUAAUGGCGGUUAUACCACUGGUGAAAUUGUUGGUACUGAAAUUAAUUGUGCUACGUUUUGUGCUGGUACUUUUGGUAAUAGUAGUACUCUUGCUGGUACUGACUUCUAUUUUGGUAAUGUCGAUUUUACUCCUAUUGGUACUGCUGCUAUUGCUGGAAGCUACACUAGUGGUUAUACUUGUCGUGUCAAUACCACUAAGCCCAGUGGUACUUGUGUUACUUCGUAUGGCGAUCCUACUUCUGAUAAUGGUCUUUUUUCUAUUGGCACUUAUGGUAAUAUCACUUCCUGCAGUUCUCCUUAUGGUAAUUAUUAUUGUUGCUGUCAACAAAAACCAACAACAGACGCAUCUCGAGUAUGGAAAUUGGUAGGAAGUAUGAGUGGUCCACGAUAUGAACAUGCAGUAUCGUUGUUAUCAAAUGGAAAAGUAUUAGUUAUUGGUGGGCAAAACGGUAGUGUUUAUCUGAAAAGCGCUGAGUCAUACGAUUCAGUAACAAACAUUUGGACAGCAAUACAAAGUAUGAAUACAGCACGAGGGGCAUUCACAGCAUCCUUAUUAUUGAAUGGAAAAGUAUUAGUUACUGGCGGAUUUAGUAAUGCUUAUUUGAAUAGUGCUGAAUUAUAUGAUCUGGGAUCUGCUAACUGGGCGUUGACUGGAAAUAUGAAUGAUCAACGUUAUGGACAUACUGCAUCGGUAUUGUCUAAUGGAAAAGUAUUAGUUACGGGUGGAGGAAAUAGUAUUAGUGGUCUCACUAGUACUGAGUUAUAUGAUCCAACAUCAGGUAGUUGGACAAUAGCAGCAAAUAUGACUUAUGGACGAAUUCGACAUCAAGCAGUGGUUUUAUCAAAUGGAAAAGUUUUAGCGAUAGGUGGUUCUAGUUCUAAAAGUGCGGAGUUAUAUGAUCCAUCAACUAAUAAAUGGACAUUGACAGGGAACAUGAGUGCCAUACGGUCUUAUUUUACAGCAACUAAAUUAUCAGAUGGAAAAGUAUUAGUUACUGGCGGAGACAAUAAUGUUGCUGGCGUUACUGCUGAAUUAUAUGAUCCAUUAACUAAUAAAUGGACAUUGACAGGAAAUAUGAAUAUCGCACGACAGGUUCAUAUAGGAUUAAAAUUAUCUAAUGGAAAAGUAUUGGUUGCUGGUGGAUUGAAUAGUAAUGAUUUGGCAAGUAGUGAAUUAUAUGAUCCAUUAACAAAAAAUUGGACAGUGGCAGCUAACAUGAGUGUUGCACGAACUUAUCAUGCGGGAGUAGUAUUAAUGAAUGGAAGCGCACUGGUUGCUGGUGGUAAGGGUUUGGCAAGUGCUGAAAUUUAUUAA